AUGUCGGUGUCACGGAGCAGCGCUGCCCGCGUGCUGAGCGAGGCAGCCCGCACCUCAGGCAGCCUCACCACACUGCCUACACCACGGGAAAACGGGUGGAACAGCUCUACAGGGGACACGGCUGGGGGCCCGCUCAGCUCUGGCUGCCACAGACACGACGCGCGCGUCCAGCGGAGCCACGGCCCGGGCGGGCACGGGGCAGCCCCGCACCUCGGGGCGUUGCACUGCAACAAAAGCGCGCUGCCUCACGGCAACGCAGGUGUACGAGCGCUGCGCGACGUUGAAACGGAGGAAGGAGCAGCAGAGGAGAGCCCCGGCGGCUCACCCGGCUCAGCCCUGCCUCCCCCAGCGCGGCGUGGCGAGGCCACCGCUACGGGCAGCGAGGCCCUGCGGGGAGGGAUCCUGCGGGCACCGAUCGCAGAGCUUCGGCUCUGCCGACGGUUUCAGCUAUCGCAGCCGGAGAACAGCGUCCCGCCGAGAGGCAGCGGGCGGCCCGUCACCCGGGGCCGGCGGGACGCAGCGCUGAGGGACGCGGCACGCGCGGGCUCGGGCCGCCCCUCACGCGCAGCGGCGCGCUCUGCACCCGGCUCAGCAACCGUCCGCGCGCCGACGCUUGUUUACUUGCUUCGCGGCGCGCGCACGCUCACCCCCGCCCUCCCCCAAAUCCCUCGCCCUCCGCCACCGCCCCGCGCGCCCGACGCGCCUCGACAGCCAAUCAGAGCCGCCGCCGGCCGCGCGGGGGGCGGGCGCCUUUCAAACAGGAGUCGGGGGAAGGCGGCGUCACCGCCCCCUCCCCUCGGCCUGAGGACGCCGCCGCUCAUUGGGCGGGGGCCCUGCCCGUCUCCCCAAGCCCCCGCCUUCCGGUUGACUCGCGCCGAAGAGUGCCCGCAGCGCCCCGCCCCCGCCUCCCGUCGCUGUGUGUGUGAGGCGCCGAUUGGGCACCGCCCCGCCGCUCAGUCCCCCUCGCGUCAGCGCCGGCCCCGCCUGCCUCCCCACGCACCCGUCCCCACCACAGGAAACACCCCGCCACGCCGCGGCCGGCCUGAAGCCCCGCCGCCUCCCAUUGGUCCGCGGCGCUGCCGCUCCGCCGAAGUCCCGCCUCCCCCGGAUAGAGCGCGACCAAACCCGCCCCUAGCCCUCUUCUGA